GGGUGCCACAUACGUUUCAGCGAUCGCGUGUCAGCAAACGCGGAAUAUCGCGACCCGCCACGGAUGUGAAUGGUCCACGACGAUCGUGAAGGAAGAAACGUCGGUCCCGCUGGCAGCAGAUAAAACCGGACCUGCAUUCAGUGAAUAACGAGUCUUUGCGUGGCUGUCCUCUCGGCUGCAACUGCAACACCAUCGAGCGUUGUGCCACCAGCCCGACUCCAACCCGGCACCAGACUCUCCUGCACGUGCACCCUUCGCGAUUUACGAAGCCGAGAGCUCGAGGGAGAGACCCGUUUGGACCUCUUGGGGUCGUAGGAAGACCUGGAUUCUCGCGGUCAGAGGUGAAAGAAGAGCCGAGAAUCGCGUGGCCAAAGGUGUGGACCGAUAUAUAACCUAGAAGAAUAUCAGGAAACUGAGACACGUCGAGUGGGUGUGGUGAGAGGAAUCGCUCGAGGAGCCAGCUAGUCUAUCUCGUUAUGAAGUUAUUCGAGUGACGAACCUGGUCCAGGAGAGUGACUUCGCGGGGUGAGAAAGGGCGAGGAGGAAGGAGAAGCAGGAUAACGCGGGAAAGAGAUCGUGAUCGUCGGGCAAGAUCGAGAGAGCGAGGAUUUCGAGUGUAAUUGGAGUUCUCGUUGGUGUCUGUUCGAGAUCUGACAAAGUGUUCCCUAGACACGGAGGGGAAAUGAAUUUAUGGGAAGCGUUGGAGGAGGCCGAGGACAAAAAUUUCUCUAAUUGGAGACUGCAUAACUGCUUGCUGUGGAAAAAUGUCUUGCUGCUUCACUGCGGGGACUUCUGGUUGAUUCACUCUUUCUAGGAAUGUGGGAUCUCUAUUUGUGGGUAGAGUUCACAGAGUCUGACGAUGAUGGAGCACUGAGCGUCCUGUAGCUCGACUGAUACAACCUGUUGGCAGAGAUUCUCAGGUACCCAUUGGAGAUCGGUAGUUCCAGUGUGAAGGAAGAAGAGGAGAAAAAUAGGGAAGAAAUAAAGGGACGUCGUGACGUUUGCAAAGGUACCAUAAAAUACGCAGAAAUGAGUAUCAAAAACGAACAGAAUAGCACGAACGGGCACGUGUUGGGGUGCUCUGAUACCAAGAUGGACAUCGACGAGGACGAGGAAAAGAGGCGGGAGAGGAAAGGUGUCGUAUAUCAGAUUAUCAUGUCGCUGGUCGCGAACUCCUCGGUUUUGGGCCCUUCCAUGGCGUUCGGCUACAGCGCAGUAGCGCUGGGGCCAUUAAUGGCGCCUACCAGUGACGUGAAGAUCGACAGCGGACAGGGAAAUUGGAUUGCCACCGCUACGGCACUGGGUAUUCCACUUGGUUGCAUCGUCUCCAGUUUCUCCAUGAGACACGGAAGAAAGCUGAGCCUGUUGAUAACGUCCAUCGUGUCCAUCGUUGGCUGGAUGGUGAUUUAUCUCGCUGGAACGUACGAACAAAUUCUCGUAGGCAGAAUCAUUUCCGGAAUCGCGACCGGCACAGCAUCUGUUCCAGCCACUGUUUAUAGCGCAGAGGUUGCCUCUCCAAUAUGGCGGUCCACGAUGGUCACGUGGACCAGCAUAACCAUCGCCGUCGGCAUUCUAACCGUCUACGUCUUUGGCUAUGCGUUCAAGGACAACUGGCGAAUGGUGGCUCUGAUGUGCGCCCUGUUCCCGGUGGUCUCGGUCGUGCUGACCUUGGCCGUCGUCCCAGAAACCCCGAUCUGGCUGCGAGAUAGAGGUCGUCUAGACGAGGCGCUGCAGGUGCUGAAAAGGUUCCACGGGAUCCCGAAACACGUGCCGCCCCCGUCUAAGUUGUGUCAAGAGCUGAAGCCGCGUCCCCAGCGCAAGAAGCAGAACCUGAUGAAGCACCUGCUGAAGAGGAACGCCAUGGUGCCGUUCGCCAUUAUGCUGAGCUACUUCUUCUUCCAGCAGUUCUCCGGGAUCUUCGUGGUGGUCUAUUACGCGGUAGACAUCGUGCAGAGUGCCGGUGUCACCAUAGACCCGAAUCUGGGAGCAGUUCUGAUAGGAGUGACCAGGUUGCUGGGUAGCAUACUGGUGGCGUGCGUGUCGGGGAAGUAUGGCCGACGGAAAUCCUCGAUCGUUUCUGGGCUAGCCAUGACGAUCUUCAUGGGGAUACUGUCGGCUUACUUGCUGCUGCAGGACAGGGGGUACACCAUAAACGACGGCGGCCUGAUCCCCGUGAUGUGCAUACUGAUGUACAUUUUCGGGAGCGCGCUCGGUUUCAUGGUGAUUCCCUUCGCCAUGGUGAGUGAAGUGUAUCCUGCAAAGGUGAAGGAAGUGUUAACGGGCGUGACCUCGUGUAUCACUUUCAUCUUUAGCUCGAUCACCGUGAAAACUUAUCCGGAUAUGGAGGCUGCUAUGGGCAGGCACGGAGUGUUCAUCUUUUUCAUGCUGAUGUCGUUCCUUGGCACAUUGUUCGUUGCGUUCUUCCUGCCUGAAACAAAGGGAAAAUCCUUGAGGGAGAUCGAGGAUAUGUUCUCGAGGAGGAAGGCAGCCGACGAUGAUUCAGAGGAGAAGAGCAUGAUGGAUGUCAAGAAUGGUACAGCGGGCGCGUGAUUCUCCGGGAGGAAUCUCGGGGACAAAGAUGAAGUUGGGAAAUUAUAGCGAAUCGAGAAAUGCGUAUCAAUGCAAAUAGGAAAAUAUCUCGAGAUAUUUUUUAUUUAAUCUUAAGCUUCGAAGCAUUCGCGGAGAAUUCGGACGAAAAUUAGCACGGCUCACCUGCCGGAGAGUUAAUCUCUCGCGAGUCUAAUUUCGAUGCCUAAUUAAUCGCGCGAUUGCUAUAAGUUACGAUUGCCUGCCAUCCAUCUGCUCGUUCUUCUUUAGCAUAAUUUAAGAAGUUAGUCCGCCGGUUAAUGUUCGCGCGAUUAAAUAUUUUUAUACCGUUAAUAGAUGCUAAAGGUAAUUAAUAAAAUACCGAACCCGAGUAACGAUCCGUGUUGCACGAUAUUAUCUUUUAAUUAUAGCUUUGAAAUGUAAUAUCGAUGUUUUGUAACUGAACUACCGUUGGCAUUAAAGAGAAGCGAUCGACGGCUCGGA